AUGUCUUAUCAGAUUUCUGAAAUUAAUAGCGCUUUGAGUUGCACUCAGAGUGCUGAUCAGCAAGAAAAGAAGAUCCAAGCUUUACAAUACUUGGAACAAUUCCAAAAAAGCAUUGAGGCAUGGGAAAUAUGUCUUCAUGUGCUAAGUAAACAUGAACCUAAUAAUUUGCAAUUACAGAUGUUUGCUUGCCAAACAUUAGUGAACAAGGUAACAUAUGAUUUGGAUCAAAUAUCAACACAAUUACCAAGUUUUAAGCAGAAACUUUUUGAGUUCAUUGCCAUGUAUGAUGAGAAGAUCAUCGUGACACAAUUGAACAUUGCCCUCGCAAGGUUCACAAUACAAUAUCUAGAGUGGCGAAAUCCAUUAAUAGAGAUUAUCAACAUUUUGAAUGGUCUUCCGGGAAAGUUAUUGAUGUUUUUGAAAAUUCUCCCAGAAGAAACAUUAGAUAUUAAAUCUACACCUUUAUCACAGGAUGAAUUUGAGUCCCGUACACAUGAACUUAUAGACAAUAUCGGUGAAGAUGUCUUGAAAUUUUUAAUUUCCUGCUUAGACAGAAUUGGAACUCAAGGAAUCACUGCCUCCAAAAUUAUUUCCUGCUUUGCUUCUUGGUGUUACGAAUUUCCGAUCGAGCAAGUCUUACAGGUCACACCGUUGACUAAUAUAGUAUUCCAAGUUUUGCAUACAUCAUAUGAAAAUGAUUCCGACUCUUUUGAAGCUGCCGUUGAUUGUCUCUGUGUUUUAUUAAGAGAAACAAGAGAUGUUGGCAAUGACACCAUUUUACGGGCCUUAUAUGAACAACUAAUGGCGUUACAACAAAAAUUACUACCAAUCAACAAUAUAUCGGACUGGGAAGCAUACGAAGAAGUAAUGGAUCCUCUUACACGUCUUUUCGUUGAGGCAGGUGAAGCAUGGUGUGUAUUUUUAGCAAAGAACCCAACUCUAUUCAAGCCCUUAGUGGAUGUUAUAUUGAUUUUAUCUUGUAAAAAUACAGACCUCGAUAUUGUGUCAUAUACCUUUCCAUUCUGGUUUAACUUGAGACAAAUGUUGGUGUUGCAACGUUAUGCACAACAAAAAAAGGCUUAUGAGGAUACCUUUAUUAAUUUGACCAAUGGUCUAAUUACACGUUUGCAUUAUCCUGAAACCGUCUUUGAUAAUAGAGAGGAGGAAGAUAAGUUUAAAGACUUCAGGUAUAACAUUGGUGAUGUUUUAAAAUCAUGCGCUGCUGUCUUAGGUUCCACGCUUGCAUUACAGCAGCCAUACAACCUCAUUAAUGAAUACUUGCAGAAAGAAAACCCUAAUAUCGCAUGGCAGCCAUUGGAAGCCGCCUUAUUUGCUGUUCGUACCAUGGCUCACGAAGUAUCUCAUUCAGAGAAUGUUGUCCUUCCUCGACUUUUCAAACAGCUUUGUGUGCAACCACUUACUCAUCCUAAAUUAGUUUACUCAACUAUACUUGUUUUCUCUAGAUACACCGAAUGGACGAGUAAACAUCAUGAAUUGCUAGAGAUGCAAUUGAAUUACAUUUUUAACGGAUUUGAAGCUGGGCAGUCUAACCAUGAUCUUUCGGUUGCAGCAUCUAAUGCAUUAAUGUAUUUCUGUCAAGAUUGUUCUUCUCUUUUAGUUAGCUACUGUGGUCAAUUGAAUGAUUUUAUAUGGAAAAUUGAACCUUCGGUGGAUACGUAUUCUAUGUUUGAAAUGUGUCAAGGAUUGAGUUCUGUUAUUAACGAUCAAGACACUAGCCAGAUCGGUAGUAUCUUUAAUGCAUUCAUAUCUGAGCACAAUAAAAGAUUUGCAGUCAUAUUGCAACAAUUUACACAAAAUCCAUCAAGUGAAGAUUUAUCAGUGAAAGUCGCACACUAUAUCGAUUUGCUAUAUGCCAUUUUAGAACACCUUACUCCAAAAUCUGAAUUUCCUGAACCAGGCUUUGAAGAACCAUUGAUAUCCACUAUAGGAGAACUUGUCACGAAAUUAAUCAAUGUUUUAGAUACCUAUGCCAUUUCAAACACAGUGGUAGUUGAUAGAACUAUGAAAUUCUUCCGUCGUGUUUUCGAGAAGUAUCAUCUAUUUACUCAACCUAUACUUCCAUUGGUCACGGAAUUUGUGGCAAAGGGAUAUUCUAGUAGUGGGUUAGGUGCAUACCUUUGGUUCUCAGGAUCGGUUAUUUAUGUCUACGGUGAUGACGAAUACUAUCCUGUUGAUGAACAAAUCAAAGAAGCUGUGUGGCAAUUUGCUUGUCAGCAAUGUUCUACAUUUUUUGAUAAUUUCAAAUCAAUGCAAACAUUAGAUAAAUUCUUUGAAAUGGUUCAUGACUUUUUCAUUAUGUGCAAUGAUCUACUAAUGUUCUUCCCCAAGCAUUUACUAAAUGCACCUAUGUUCAUUUCUUCUCUUAUUGAAUGUGAUUUGGAGAGUCUUCCAAAACUUGAUAAUUACGAGGCAUACAUGACUUUAAUUAGGUUUUUGGAUGACAUGUCUUCAUGGGGUUUCGAAACACCUCCAAUUUCGGUUACCUCGAUAACUGAAGUUCCAGAAGUUUGGAGACGUAAUAUAUUGGAGCAAAUGGUCUCUAAAAAUGGGUGCAAUAUUGUUACAAUUCUAAUCAAUGGUCUAGUAACGAAUUUUGAUAGCAGAGCACAUCAAGAGAUUAUCAGUUUAGUCGUUAAGAUAUUCCGAUUGGCAACAAAAAAUAAUAAUGAUGACCCAUCUGUAUGCAUUCAAUGGUUAGAUGUGGCAUUAAGUAAAAUGGGUACUAUUGAGGAUAAUGAACGGAAUAAAUUAAUGGUCAUUAGCAACUCUCUAUCACAAAGAGAUUAUAGGCGUGCAAGAGGGAAUAUUAAAGACUUCAUUGACUGGUACUUGAGGAAGCACAUUUCGUCGAGAAUGUAUUCAUGA